CUCUCUGGCACUCUGGCUCCGCGCGCAACAGUUCAGCGACAGGCAGGCUUUGCUAGGUGGCCAAAUAACACUGGUGGUCACUGGUGUUCACAAAUAAUUGUCGGUGGCUGAUCAUUGUGCACCUUCUCUUACAACGCAGCUUCCUGCCAGACUACUACACUACUUAGCUGCUCAGUCUUUAAUAAUAUGGCGUGUAUUGCAAGGUAACAGGAAAAGAAAAUUGCUGCCACAUGCCUUCCUUCUCUACUUGAUGCGAGUCAGAAUCACCUCUUCUGAGACUCGUACUGAUGCCCUAGUGGAAGCUCUCUUACGUCGACCUUUGCUUGCUUUGCGGCCUCCGAGUUGUCACUCGGGGACAGAGCACGCCUGGUGCAGCAAGCUGCAGAGUACACAAACAAGCAAUACUCCUGGAUGUAGCGAUCACACGGGUCCUGAAAGCUCAGCGGAAGGUUGAACGACUUUGAUGGACGAAUUGAGGACCCUUUGAGGACAUGGCGGACGCGCCUCAAGGCCCUGCAGUGGCAUCGUAAAAAUCAAGACGGUAAGGAAGAACCAGUGGUUGAGCAAGGAGACACGUGCAUGCUCCAACUUGACGACCCUGUUUCCAACUCUGCGGCAGGCGGCGUCCCGGCCCCCCUCAUGGCACACGCUUGCAACAACCCGGAUGGGCCAAUGGCGAUUAAUGAGGAGCCGCAGAUUGCUGAGCAACCGCAACAGCCUGGUUUGCUUAGCAUCCAGGUGGACGGCUUUCACGUACAAGGUCCAAGUCAACCAGCGAGAGCCCCGCCUGCAUGGCCUCUUUGAGGCCUCUUUGACCCCAGCCACUUCCACGACUUCCAACACAGGCUGAGGUAGGACCUGGCGAGUAUAUUGCCGCUAAGGACAGCCAACCUCGUUUCGAAGGCCGGCGGUGGCGAUAGCCAGCAGCAGCCGCAGCUCUCCAGCGAGGAUGAGGAGCGGAGCUCGGAGUUGGAAGGGGAGGGCGAGGAUAUUCAAGACGUCCAGAAUCCGCUGGUGCGGUAUGCCCAAACGAACGCUGCUAUGGAGGCCGAUUCGGAAUCGGACGAUUUGUCCCAGCUCCUGGUGCGGCGCUUCAAGCGGCGGGCACCCGGCAGAGCAAGCCACUCGCCUCAAAGCAGACGGCGUCCUCGGGUGCUGCUCUCAUCGGAGUCCUCUUCUGAGAGUGGUGGUCCGAUGGCAUGCGAGAGCCAGGCUGCUGUUUUUGAUGGAGAAAGGCAGCGAAGCGGGGCUGAUGAGCAGAUGUUGGACGUCGACGCCACGUCUGCGGGGGCGCCAGAGCCAGAAGAUGCGGGCUGGUGGGACGAAUUCGACUCCGACCUUGACCUGUCGGACGAUUUUGCAAAAUGCAUAAUUGUGCCGCGUGCACGAACACGGGAAGGUCUUUUGCCCACAGCUGCCAGAGCACCCAAGAAUUGAAUCCUUGCAUCUGGGCCGGCCCCUUUGGACAUGCCCGACUCUGUCGCGAACGCGCAACUAGACAACGCCUCCCAGCCUGUCCCUGCCGGUGGCCCCUCCCCCCCCAGCCACGUGCCCACCUCUGCAAACCCUCCAGCCAUCGCCAUUCCUGCAGCCCCUCAAGCUGUCCCAAGCGCCCAAACCCCAUCCCCAGCGCCCCAGGCAUCGCACGCAGCCGGCAACCCCCCUAUUCCGAGAACGAUUCCGGGCACCGCACUGGACCAGUGCGUGGCUGCCGCACAUCACUUCCACGGGUUGGGAGUGGCGUCGCUCACCUUUGAUAUGAGUGUCUACCUGAAUGCCAAGGGGGAGGAAAAGAAGGCGCCAAUUGGUCUCAUGCCAGAGUGGCAGAAGAACUGCGAUCUUGGGAGGUGCCUCCGAGAAGGGGUUCGACCGGGGCGGGGCUGCCUUGCAAUCGUGACGGAGCCCUCCGACAUCUAUGCCCUGGACGUCGAUGCAGAGGAUGGUGGGUUGGAAGCUUUCGAGCGGAUGUUGGAAGAGCAUGGUCCUCUGCCGGACGACACCCCCUGGCAGUGGUCGGGACACAGACCCGGGAGACACUUCUUGUUCUCCCUCUCCCAAUCCAAAGCCGCGGGGUUGCUGAGCGGGGCCGGAAGAGCUCGGUUGAAGUACAAGGGCACGAAGGUGGGCCUUGACACGCGUGGCGAGGGGGGCAUGCUCUUCGUGAGCCCCAGCAGCUACAAGGGCCUCGACGGCACGGUCCGGCGCUAUGGGUGGAUGCAGGAGAUCGCCCCAGACCGCGCCAACCUCCGGGCCAUGCCGGAGUGGCUGAUCGAGAUCAUCAAUGCAAGCAACGCGCCUCCAACUGCAUCGAGACUGGCAUUUGGGCCCCCAGCUCGACCAACUGAUGAUUCCGGUGUGGACGAAAUCGAGCUGCCCCCUCCGCCAGCUGUUCUGGACCGCAUUCAGAAGUGCCUCGCGGCCGCUGGAGACUCCAACUCAUGCUUUGACAAGCUCAAGUGGUCUUUUGGGGGCGACAUGAACGUGUUCCGCGUCAAUGCCGCACGCGUGUGUCCGUACGGGGCCAAUCACAGCGGCUCCAACAACUUUUGCGUCCUCGUGCGGGGUCGCAACCUCCUCUACAAGUGCAACAGCCCAGAAUGUUGUGACAAUGACCCGCCGCGCAAGAUCGGUGAGCUCAUGGCAAAAGAGAGCAUGAUGGGGGGCGAGACAGCUCCAGUUUCUGAGGACGACCCGACCGUGUACAAGGAGCUGACAAAGCCUUUCGUGGACUACUGGGCGUUCAGAGGUGACAUGGGCGGCAGUCGGAUCGUCGCACAGAUGUACUCGAGGUGCCGCAGGAUCUGGAACGACGGGAAGACUUGGUGGAUGUGGGAUGGGAAGCGUUUCAAGCAGGCUCCUGUCGAGAGGAGACUCACGGGGGUCAAGAUUGCCAAGGAGGAGUUGGCUAGGCAGAUGCGAGAGAAGGGUUUCGCGAGAACGAAGCGAGGCGGCCGUUAUGACGGAUCAUCCCAGCGAAGCUCGUGCUAUGUAGGCUUCACGUGCGAGUAUGAUUGAUCAUUGGCGCUCGUCUAUAGAGUCGGAUCAUUGCCUUUCUCUUAGACUUGCUUCAAUUGGUAGAGUAUAGGAGCCUAAGAUGUACAUAUUGCCUCCUUUUGGAAAUUGCUAGAUGCCCUAGGUGUUAACCUGUAGUAGCGCCUUCACCUUGGUAUUUAUUUUGUAGGCGUUUUGACGAGUCUCACCAGCGCUGUAGAUGUACCAUUCUACAGUGACAACUUUCAGGGCCCCUUUGUUUUCACCAAUUGAAUUUGCACGUAAUGUCAAAAGUAGCAAGUCUAUAAUACUACACAUCAUGGUCAUAAAGUCGAUGUUCAACCAUUUACAACCCG